CCCCGCCGCGCAAACAACACAAGAAUUUCCUCUUUAUUGCCGAAGAUUGUAUUUCUUCAUGAGUCUCCUACUCUCCACCAUUUUUGAACUCAUCACUCUCAAACCCCAAAAAUUAAAAAUUAAAAAAAAAAAAAGGUUUCUCUGAACCAAAAAUCUCAAACUUCAUCAUCAAUUUCUCAAGUUUCAUUCUCCGGAAUUGAUUUGUUUGUUGAUCAGAAAACGGCUAACUCCGCCAUCUCUAAAAAUGGAAUUCUCUCGAGUAGACUACAUGAAUGAUGACUCUGACUAUAAUUCUCCCUAUAUCUUCAAGGGAUCUUCCUCAGCAACUACAUCUCAGAGGCCCGGUAUUCACCGGCUUGCAGGAUAUGACUUUAAGGCUGAGGCUUAUCAGAAGGUAGAUGAAUUUCCUGCACACAUUAUAAGAGAAGGGGAUAAGAAGAUAAAAGAUGUGGUCAAGGAGCAUGUACUCCCUUUCCUUCCUGCUAAGUCGCUUAUGAAGUUUAAGGCCGUGUCUAAAGAUUGGGAUAAAUGGAUCGCUAGUCCCUUAUUAAUCCACCAACAAAGUUUUUCUUGCCAGAGUUUUUCGGGCUACAUUUAUCAAAAUAUGAGUGCAUGGGAUAUGAAUACUAUGUUUUUAUCUCUGGACCCUUCUACAAUUGGAGUUCCCAGCCCAGCCCUUGAUUUCUUGCCUGAAGUUGUCAAAAUUCUAAGCUCGUGCAGCGGGUUGCUCCUUUGUCAGGGGUCAGAGAAGUAUUAUGUUUGCAAUCCUGCAACUCAAGACUGGAAAACUCUCCCUCCUCCCCGGUACUAUCAUGGUGAUGAACCGGCAGUUGUUCUUGCAUUUGAACCUUCUCUCCGUAACAUUGAGGCAUAUUAUCAUGUUAUCUGUGCAUUUCCUAUGCUUGAUCAGCCAAUCAUCGGAUUUGAGAUUUACUCUUCAGAAUCAAAUACUUGGAGCUGCUCUUCUGCAUACUGUUCUGAUCUAGAAAAUUCGUGUCUUGAUGGUGGGAAUUUGUUUAUGAAGGGGGUUGCUUACUUCGAGACAAAAUCAAACGAAGUAUUGGCCUUUGAUGUGAAAGAAGAGAUCCCUGCAAUUAUAUCUUUACCUGCUCAAGUUGGGAGGCAUGGAUCCUUAACACAGAUGGAUGGUGAGCUGAGCUACGUUACUGCUUUUAAUGAAUGUGAAAAUGUCUUCUUAAUAGAUAUCUACCAAGGCAUGGAAAUGAGCCUGAAGCGCAGUGUUAGCAUCAAUCUUGGACCUGAGAGGGGUCUUACUUGUGCGUGCAAGGUACUACCCUGUGUUAACAGUGAUACUGUGGCUAUUCAGGUUCGCGAACACAUAUACUUGUAUCACAUCAGGGAGCAGAAAGUUGAGUCUAUAGCAAGUCCAAACGCUAUCGGUCCAGCCAAAAGGUUCCUGCCCUACAUAAACAGCCUUGCUAAUGCUACAAUUCAGUUGAAGCCUUAAUUCACUCUCUGUCCAUGAGUGAAAAAUCACUGAUUUUACAGCUCUUUUGAAUCUUUGCUUACAUUAUGACUUAGAUGGUGUAUAAAACUAAGUUGACAUUCUGUUUUUUGUGAACAAUGGAUUUCGUCUAAGUAGCUUUCAUUUGGAUAGUGACAUUUUUAUUAUCUUUGGCCAUCAACAUAAGUGUUUAUUUAUUAAUUUUUGUGGUUUAUUUUUCAACUAUAGUUUACUGUAAAUUAUGGUAUGUUCUGUUCUGUAUUAUACUGAAAUUCUGUAUGCUCCUGUUCUGUAUUUAUGAGAUUCAAAUUCGGA